UGCAGCCAAGAGAGCGCAAUUGACGUACUGAUGUCACGCAAGGAACAAAUCAUUUUGCGCAUUUGUGUAUCCCUCGUGCUGCUCUUAUUGGUCCACUCGACUGGCAUCAAAGCGGCCAACACAGACACGGCGGCCAUUUACAAUCCGGUGAUUCCACACCGUAGAAUGCCUUAUUAUCCAAAGACUGGCACGUAUUAUCGCCCGUACCCGUACGACUACGAUUACGACUACCGUCCCGCGGCUGCUGCUGCUACCGCUGGCGGGACGUCGUCAUCGUCAUCGGCGGCCAACUCUUAUUACUACUACCCACGAUAUCCUUAUCCAUACAAGUAUCAGAAUCCGAGUGCGUCCUCAUCCGGCUUCCAUGCGGCCAACCAAUUGCAGUUUAUUGGACCCAUUGAAUCGGCGUCGUCUUUGUCCAACGUCAACACCAACGGACCGAAACUCCGGCCCCCGCAAAAACGACCGCGUCCCCGACCCACCUGCACGCUCAUGGGACUCGGAGGCGGAAUGGCCUAAAGUGUUUGGUGUGCGUGCGUCUUUUUGAUUUUUGUUUUUCUUCUCUUCUGCUGCCCUUUCUUUUUUUUUGGCUUCCAAAAUCCAUUUUGCACUUUAGAUUUUGUGGGGUUUGAGGCGAUUGGGUACGUAAAGUCCUCCCCAUUCCGACACUUUGUGCUGUGCGACAACUAAAAGUCAUUUUUCGUCGAGAUUUAUUUUUGCGCAGAUGAAAUAAAAUAUACAAUUUCUCCCUCAACAAGAUGAUGGUGAAUGAUAAAACGUUUGUGUUAUACGUAAGGGAAAGACAAACUUCUUUUGUGAGGGCAGUACUUGGAAGAUCUUUGAGAUUUUCUUUUUUUUUCUUUUAAGUUGGUCCAGAUGACGAGGUAGGAACUGGAAAAAUAUCUUCCGUCAAACAAUUGAGAGUCGAUUUUUGGUGGUAGUCGGAAGAAGAAAGUCGAGGCGCGGUGGUCGAUGGAACGCCCGCCGUUUCGAGUGUGAGUCAACAUGGCGGAGAGCGAUUUCUUCCACCCUCUUCUUCUUUUUCUUCUUCUUUGCCCAGUCAAAUCAACAAAUCAACAUUAAACGGCCACCUCAUGUUUGCGAGAGGGGCGAUGUUCCUCGUUUGUCGAGUGCUUGUCUUCUUCUUCUUCUUCUCCUUUGGAACCUUCCAACCUCCUCCACGAUGACUGCGGCUCUCCUCAGCAAAUAGACACAGCGCGCUCCGGCCUU